AUGGCCUGCAAUCAUGUCAACGCAGCAGAGUUGCGACCUCCCGGAGUCAACCAAUCUGUCUACCGCGAAGAUUGUACCCAAUGUUUCGAUUCCAUAGAUGAUCCUACUGGCCUCGAUGUCUGCCUUUACUGCUUCAACGGUGGCUGCACAGGAGACAGAAAGCAUGCCGCCCUCCACCACGUCCUCACGUCUCACCCCUUGGUCCUCAACAUUAAGCGCACCCGAAAAGUAGUCAUCCGCGACGAGCCCCCUCAGAAGAUGUCGAAGCUGUCAAUUGCUGCGGAAACCGAGGCCGAUCGAUAUGACUACGAGACGACCGUCCGAUGCUACACAUGCAACAUCAUUGAUGUAGACAAGUCGCAGGGGAAGCUUGCCGCGGUAGUAGACGGAGUAAUGAAGGCCAACACAUUCUCCAGAAAAGAAGAAGUCAAAGCGUGGGAACAGGUCUUCACCUCAUGUGAACAUAUCCUCACGCUUCAACAACAUCCGACGCGCAAAAUCGAGUCUCAAGACCUUGGUCACUGUUCUCUUUGCGAUCUGAAGGAAAAUCUCUGGCUCUGCUUGGAAUGUGGCAACUUGGGCUGUGGUCGUGCUCAGUUUGGAGGCAUGCAGGGACAUUCUCACGGACUAGAACAUAGUACAUCUGCAGGUCACGGAGUUGCGGUCAAGCUGGGGUCCAUCACACCAGAAGGCACAGCAGAUGUCUACUGCUAUGCCUGUGAUGAGGAACGCAUCGAUGAUGAUCUUGGUGCGCAUCUCGCUCACUGGGGUAUCAUUCUUGCUGAGCGUGAAAAAACCGAGAAGACUCUGACAGAAAUGCAAGUUGAUGAAAAUAUGCGUUGGGAGUUUGACAUGACUGAUGAAGCAGGUCAUGAAUUACAAAAGCUGUUCGGCGAAGGUCUCACAGGCUUGAAGAACUUGGGCAACAGCUGCUAUUUGGCAAGCAGUCUGCAAUGCCUGUUCUCUUUGCCUCAAUUCCAGGAGCGCUACUACCUGUCUGGCAAUGAUCUUCCGAUUGUUGAUGAUCCCGCUCAAGAUCUUGAGACCCAGUUGCGAAAGCUUGGCGAUGGCCUGCUCUCUGGACGAUACUCGCGCCCGGAUCCAGACGUCCGUACUGAUGACUCGAAGCUUGCUGACCAGAGAGGUCUGGCUCCUGCAAUGCUCAAGGUUUUGAUUGGAAAGGGACAUGCGGAGUUCUCCACGAUGAGACAACAAGAUGCUUUUGAGCUUCUUCUUCACCUUUUUAAACUCAUCACGCGUUCUCAACACAAGGCUUCUUUGCAAGAUCCAACAGAGUCGUUCAGAUUUCUCAUGGAGCAACGUCUGCAAUGUUUGGGCUGUAAGAAAGUUCGCUAUCGUACUGACGAGCAAGAUAACAUCUCGGUACCUGUUCCAGUCCGGAAGAUUGAGAAGGCAGUAGCUAGCGGCGCUGAAGAUCAGGUAGUUGAGUACGAAGCUGUUACUUUGAAGGAGUGCCUGGAUAUCUUCACAGGUGCUGAAAUGGUAGAGCUCACCUGUGCAUCUUGCGGCAGCAAGGCUGGAUUCACAAAGCGGUCGCUGUUCAAGACCUUCCCCGAUGUCCUGGCUAUCAAUGCUCGAAGAUUUGCUUUGGUCAAUUGGGUUCCUACUAAGCUCGAUCUCCCUGUAAUCGUCGGCGACGCGCCAUUCAACCUGGACGACUAUAAAUCUCUGGGCCCCCAAGCAUCCGAGGAACUUCUCCCGGAAGACGCCAGCGAAAGUACGAAGCCGUCCUUCGUCGCCAACGAGGAGGCCGUACAAGCACUGGAAAGUAUGGGCUUCUCCCGUAACCGCUGCGAGAGAGCUCUGCAUGCUACCGGCAACUCAGAUGCCAACACUGCCAUGGAAUGGCUCUUCGCCCACAUGGAAGACGCUGACAUCGACGCACCCUUGGACAUUGGUAGUGGCGGCGGAGCCCCAGCUGGUGCUGACCCCGAGAAGAUCGAUAUGCUGGGAGCCAUGGGUUUCGGUCCUCCUCAAGCUCGCAAGGCGCUGAAGGAGACCGGAGGCGAUGUGGAGAGAGCUGUCGAAUGGUUGUUUAGCCAUCCGGAUGAGCAGGGCGAUUUCGAGGAUGAUGUGGCACCUGGUUCUGAGACGGUUGCGGAGAAGAAGGAGGCUGGAAGUGGUGAUUUGCCUGCGACUUUCCAGCUACAUUCGAUCAUCUGCCACAAGGGUGCCAGUGUCCAUUCUGGUCACUACGUAGCCUUUGUGCGCAAGCUUCUCCCCGGUGAGAGCACUUCGCAAUGGGUGCUUUUCAACGACGAGAAGGUCGUCAAGGCCACCGAUGUCGAGGACAUGAAGAAGUCUGCCUACGUCUACUUUUUUCAGCGCAAGUAG